AUGAUAUCAUUAAUAAAACGAAAUUCAUGUGGUAAAUCACUUGAUAUAGCUCGUCAAUGUCGAGAUAUUCUUGGUGCUAAUGGAAUCUCAGAUGAAUAUCAUAUUAUUCGACAUGUUAUGAAUUUGGAAGCCGUUAAUACAUAUGAAGGAACACAUGAUAUUCAUGCAUUGAUACUCGGUCGAGCUAUAACUGGUUUGCCAGCUUUUGCUGCAUCGACUUCAAAACCAACCGUGUGA